UCACUUCCGUUAGAAGCACUCGAUUCUCCCCGCCCCUUUUGCAGCGGCCGUAAAGAUUGCCGUACAGGCGGAAGGUGAACAUCGCUGCAAAAGAGUGAUAAUUUCACACAGUAGCAUCAUGGACGCACGUUUUACCCGUGGAAAGUCUGCUAUCCUUGAACGGUCACUCACCCGACCCAAGACUGAUGUUAGCCUCAGUGCCUUUUCAUUAUUGUUUUCUGAGAUUGUGCAGUACUGUCAGAACAGGGUCUACUCUGUUUCUGAGCUUCAGAACAAACUUUCUGAGCUAGGUCAGCAGGUGGGUGCCCGUAUCCUGGACGUGUUGGUGAUGCGGGAGAAAAAUGGUAAGAGAGAAACCAAGGUCAUCAACAUUCUCCUGUUCAUCAAGGUUACCGUAUGGAAGGCUCUCUUUGGGAAGGAGGCUGACAAGCUGGAGCAAGCCAAUGACGAUGACAAGACUUACUACAUCAUUGAGAAGGAGCCUCUUAUCAAUACUUACAUUUCUGUUCCUAAGGAGAACAGCACACUCAACUGUGCUUCCUUCACAGCUGGCAUUGUGGAGGCUAUGCUCACUUGCAGCGGCUUCCCUGCCAAGGUGACAGCCCACUGGCACAAGGGAACCACCCUCAUGAUCAAAUUUGAUGAGUCAGUAAUAGCACGUGACAAAGCCCUGGAUGGCCGCUGACUGCUUCAUUUGAUUUAAUCUGGAUUGUGUGUGUGUGUGUGUGUGUGUGUAUGUAUGUAUAUGUAUAUGCAUAUAUACACACAGUUUGACAGUAUCCUAAAAUAACUACCCUGACCAUACUUGGUGCGUGGUAAGGGAGAACCAGGUGGCACCGGAACAAGUGACUCUGUCCCAUAUACUGAUGGUAAAUGUUUCUACAGCAUUUGUACUGAUUACACAGGACCACUUCUGCUUCCAGAAAUCUACCCAUAAUUCUGUUGCUUGACUCCUGGCGAAGGCUUGAAGAGGGAAUGUAGUUCACUUUCCUAGCCAAGAGAUAACACAUAUGCAUUUGAGCUAUGUAAUUUGAUGUAAAAAUUCCUCUUGUGCUGUUCUAUUGGUUUUGUGUUACCCCACUGACAUUGCCACUAGAAAAGCACAGAUGAAAGGUUAUUGCUAGGCUGCCAGCUUUGGAAUGAGCUAAAUUGUCUUUGCUCAUUCUGUUGCUGCUUCUUACCUAGUGCCUAUCAGUUAUUAUUUAACUUUGCAGUCUGCUUGCUGUCUUGCCUCUAGGAAUGAGCUGCAGCUGCCUUAGCAAAUAAAGUGAAACCCACAAAUUACAUUACCAGUUUGCUUAAGAGUGGCUCAGACUUGCAAAUAAAGCACUUUAAAAGCUCAGGGGCAGGGGUAAAACACACCAGAACCAGUGAGAGCUUUGCCUGAUUCUGUAAAAUACACUGUUCACUGCCCAUGUAUCUUGUUUGAAUACUUGUCUCCACACCUGAGGAAAAUUUCUAAGAGUUGUAAAGACUCCUUUGAUAGUUAUUCCAAGAGCUGUUCUUACAGGGCUUUCCCUCAGCAUAACUGGUCCUUCACAGUGUUUCCUGUUUGCUCUGAGAAGAGAGGAAAGUGAUGUCACCCCCAAACUAAGAUUUCUCUCUCUUUUCCUUUUUUUUUAAAAAAUUGUAAAAUAAAUUAACUAAAAUACCAAGAAUAUACUGUUGAAAGAUAUUUUAUUGCAGAAAUCUCAUCUAGACCAGUAAGUUUCAAAUCAUUCCAUAAAAUGAAGAUGCUAAUGGUUUUGAAGAAUUGUUUACCUGGUUAAUAAAUUCCAGAAAGUAAUCGAUUAA